GAAGUGAGAUUGGAUUUUGUUUUCAGAAGAUGAAUUCUGAGUUGUUUCGAAGAAAUCAAUCGAAUCCGACGCUACAAACUCAUGAUUCCGUGAUUGGUCCACCGAGGACUCCGGCAGGUUGUUCAAGCAAAUUCAGGAGUCCGAUCCGUUACAUGCUUCGCGAGCAGCGUCUUCUCUUCGUUUUCGUCGGUAUUGCGAUUGCAACUCUGUUGUUUAACGUUGUCCGUUUGACUUAUCCGUUGGAGUUUCGUGAUGAUCAACGGUAUCGAGCGGAGUUGAAUCCUUUCGUUCGAUUGGAUUCGUCGAUCCCGAUGCGGAGAGUUCUGUACGAAACUCGCCGUGAAGGAUCGCUAGGGCGGGUGAAUAUGGCGGGUAAAGUCCCGCCGGGAUUGAAGAAGAGGAACCUGAGGAUCGUAGUUACCGGCGGCGCUGGAUUCGUUGGAAGCCAUCUCGUGGACCGUCUGAUGGAGAGGGGCGAUAACGUGAUUGUCGUUGAUAAUUUCUUCACCGGCCGGAAGGAUAAUCUGGUUCAUCAUUUCGGAAACCCGAGAUUCGAACUGAUCCGACACGACGUUGUCGAGCCGAUUCUAUUGGAAGUUGAUCAGAUCUUCCAUUUAGCUUGCCCUGCUUCUCCUGUUCAUUACAAAUUCAAUCCCGUCAAGACAAUCAAGACCAAUGUCGUCGGCACAUUGAACAUGCUAGGGCUUGCGAAGAGAGUUGGCGCUCGGUUUUUGCUGACCAGCACCAGCGAAGUCUACGGCGAUCCGCUCCAACACCCGCAGGCUGAAACAUACUGGGGCAACGUCAACCCCAUCGGUGUUCGGAGCUGCUACGAUGAAGGAAAACGCACGGCGGAGACUCUGACAAUGGAUUACCACAGAGGCCUUGGCAUUGAGGUCCGGAUUGCUCGGAUAUUCAACACUUAUGGACCACGGAUGUGCAUCGAUGACGGACGAGUUGUGAGCAAUUUUGUAGCACAGGCAUUGAGAAAGGAGCCGUUGACAGUUUAUGGAGAUGGCAAGCAGACCCGGAGCUUUCAAUACGUUUCUGAUCUGGUGGAGGGUUUAAUGAAACUCAUGGAAGGUGAGCACGUGGGCCCUUUCAAUCUCGGCAACCCCGGUGAAUUCACUAUGCUUGAACUUGCUCAGGUAGUGCAAGAGACAAUAGAUCCAAAUGCAAGGAUAGAGUUCAGGCCGAACACAGAAGACGACCCACACAAGAGGAAGCCCGACAUUUCCAAAGCUAAGGAGCUUCUUGGUUGGGAGCCCUCUGUGUCCCUUCGUAAGGGCCUUCCCCUUAUGGUUUCCGACUUCCGUCAGCGCAUCUUCGGCGACCUCAAAGACGACGCCUCCUCCUCCUCCUCCUCCUCCUCCGCCGCCACCCUCUCCGACCUCUCCACCACCUCCUCCGUCUAGUCACACCUACCUCUCUUCUCAAAUACACUUUAGAAUAAGAGAUCUCUCAGUUACUUCCCCCAAAGAAUCACAUUUGGCAGACCGAAGACAGCAAAGAGGGCCGGGGAGGGAUCCCAUUCAUCCAACCUCUUUCUUUCUUUCUCUGCUAAUCCACAAUUUUUAUUCUAAGGGCCUAAUUUACCUCUCUCCCUCCCCUCUUCUCUUCUCUUCUCUCUUCUCCGCUUUUUGUCAAAUUUUCCUUCUUUCUUCUUUGCUUCUUUUCAUUUUGUACAAGUUUGAACUUUUGUGGUUAUAUGUUUUAUGA